AUUUGAUGUAUUUAAGUAAUAAUUAAACAGAAAAGAUUUUCAGAUUAUGGAAGCAUUCAAACUUUUAAUUUGUAACCUUAAAACUCCAGGAUUAAUUUUUUUGUUUGUUCGUCAGUGUUGCCAGAUUUUUAAAAUUUGCAGGUUUUAGUGAUUUGAAUGUAAGCCAUGUUUGUAAUUUUAUAAUAGGAUAAUGACACUUAUACACACAUUUCUACUUUUAAUGUAACACAAGACUUUGUUUUAAAAGGUGGUCUACGGCUAAUUUACCGAUUGUUCUAUUCUGGGCUACUUGUAGUUCCUCAAAUCUGGCAACAGCAGCAGUGUUCGGGCGGGAACCCAGCUGCAAGUCUGGCGCUGCUCAGUUUGAUCUUUUAACUGAACGUUUGACUACUAAAUAGAAACCUUACACCACUAUACUAUACAUGCCGCUACAUCCUACCAGGCAGAAGCUAACAAUAGUUGCUAGCUGGCAAACUUGUGAGUACUUUUAACCUGUGUUAAAGCCACAGUAGAUUAUAAAAUGGCAACAGUGAGAAAACAUCUUAAGAAAAAACAUGUUGAAGAAAAGGGUGAAAACGUUUUUGAUUUUACUCAAGAAAAUAAAAAGAAAGGUCUAAGUGGCUCAGAAGAUGACAUCAGAGAAGAUGAAACUCCGAUAAUGGACAAAGUGUCGAAGAAAAGGCCGAUAGAAGACUGCGAGGCGGAAGAGGCCGCUUGCGCUGUUGGAAAUGAGGUACAGUCUAUGCUGCAGCGAUUUGGAGCUGAUAUCAACAAAGUAAUGCAGGCCAAGAAGAAACGUCUGGAGAGUCUGACAAAGAACUACAUGAAAGGAAGCCAACACAAACUGGAGCAGCUCUGGAACAACUAUCAUGGACAGAGGCAGAAGAUGACUCAGCAGUAUUCUCAGCAGGUGUCCACAGCACUGCAGCAAUGGGAGACUGAAGCCCAGAGAGCUGAGGAACAGGAGGAGAAGCUGAAUAAUCUGUUCAGACAGCAACAAAAGAUCCUGCAGCAGGCCAGGGUUGUGCAGAACCAAAAGCUAAAGACUGUAAGAGAACUAUAUGAGCACUUUGUGAAGAACAUGGAGGACAUGGAGAAGAGCCACGAGGCCUUCCUGCAGGGGGCACAACAAGAGCUGAGGAAGGAGAUGGCCACACUACAGAAGAAGAUCCUCAUGGACACGCAACAGCAGGAGAUGGCUACAGUGCGCAAGUCACUUCAGUCCAUGCUGUUUUAAGCUGCUGUCUAUGCUGGUGUUGCCAGGUUUGGUCUCGCUUUAAUCCAGCAGAGUUGUCAUUGUGGAAAACGUCCUGUUCACGGGUGUUCAUGUUCAUGUUUUUUUAUCUCCUGAUUUUUGAACAGCAGUUUGUAUUCUGUUGGAUGUGUGGUAGUCUUGGUUAGAGUCAAACACUUUGAUGUGUAACUUACCUGAUGAUGCUGUCAGACGUAGGCCAGUGAAUAAGAUCUUUUCUGUAUUAUUUAGUUUUUGAAUGGGUUUUAUUUAAAAAUCUCCAGUCUGACAAAUAAAAAUGUUUACAUGUAAACAAGUUA